AAUUCGCCAACUGAAAAAGUGGGAAAGGAUGUCUGGAGGCGAGGCGUCCCAUUACAGAGGAAGGAGCUCGCUAUAUAAGCCAGCCAAAGCUGGCUGCACUGGCCACAGCCUGCCUACUGUCACCCGCCUCUCCCGCGCGCAGACACGCGCCCGCGCCUCUAGUCGGCACAAAGACAGCGCGGCUGGGGGGACUCUGGGGGCCACGCACGUGGGAACCCGCCGCUGCUCUCGCCCAGGUACUUCUUCCACGGACCUGGCUCACUCAAGGAUCUAGGUCUCUCCCACUGCGGAAAGAAGAUAAUUCUUUCAAGCAGAUCAGGGACAACUGAUUUGGAUUCUACUCUGUGCGUCUAAAUCUUCAAUUCUGCUGAGAGUGAGACACUCUAGGACCGUAGAACUCCAGAAACACCCCGCCAAACCCACCUCCACCAUGGGGGCCACGACUCGGCUGUUGGUGGGGGUCUUUCUAGCUUUGCUCAUCCUGUCUACCGAAGGUGGGGUCCUCAAGAAAGUCAUCCGGCACAAGCGACAGAGUGGGGUGAACGUCAGCCUGCCAGAGGAGAACCAGCCAGUGGUGUUCAACCACGUCUACAACAUCAAGCUGCCUGUGGGAUCCCAGUGUUCAGUGGAUCUGGAGUCAGCCAGUGGAGAGAAAGACCUGGCCCCCACACCAGAGCCCAGUGAAAGCUUCCAGGAGCACACAGUGGAUGGGGAGAACCAGAUUGUCUUCACGCACCGCAUCAACAUCCCCCGCCAGGCCUGUGGCUGUGCCGCCGCUCCCGACAUCAAGGAGCUCCUGAGCAGGCUGGAGGAGCUGGAGAGCCUGGUGUCCUCCCUGCGCGAGCAAUGCGCCGCAGGAGCGGGCUGCUGUCUCCAACCCGCCGAAGGCCGCCUGGACACCAGGCCCUUCUGCAGUGGCCGGGGCAACUUCAGCACUGAAGGAUGUGGCUGUGUUUGUGAACCUGGCUGGAAAGGCCCCAACUGCUCUGAGCCGGAGUGCCCAGGCAACUGUCACCUUCACGGCCAGUGCAUGGACGGGCAGUGUGUCUGCGACGAGGGCUUCACUGGUGAGGACUGCAGCCAGCUGGCCUGCCCCGGCGACUGCAAUGACCAGGGCAAGUGCAUGAACGGGGUGUGCAUCUGUUUCGAGGGCUACUCGGGAGCUGACUGCAGCCAGGAGAUCUGCCCCGUGCCCUGCAGCGAGGAGCACGGCACGUGUGUGGACGGCCGGUGCGUGUGCCAGGAAGGCUUUGCCGGUGACGACUGCAGUGAGCCCCUGUGCCUCAACAACUGCUACAACCGCGGGCGGUGCGUGGAGAACGAGUGUGUUUGCGACGAGGGCUUCACGGGCGAAGACUGUAGUGAGCUCAUCUGCCCCAACGAUUGCUUCGACCGGGGCCGCUGCGUCAACGGCACCUGCUACUGCGAAGAGGGCUUCACGGGCGAGGACUGCAGCAAACUCACCUGCCCGCACGCCUGCCACGGCCAGGGCCGGUGCGAGGAGGGGCAGUGCGUGUGUGAUGAGGGCUUUGCCGGCGUGGAUUGCAGUGAGAAGAGGUGCCCUGCCGACUGUCACAACCGCGGCCGCUGCGUGGACGGGCGCUGUGAGUGUGACGACGGCUUCACGGGAGCUGACUGCGGGGAGCUCAAGUGUCCCAACGGCUGCAGCGGCCACGGCCGCUGCAUCAACGGGCAGUGCGUGUGUGAUGAGGGCUACACUGGGGAGGACUGCAGCCAGCUGCGGUGCCCCAGUGACUGUCACAACCGGGGCCGCUGCGUCCAGGGCAAGUGUGUGUGCGAGCAAGGCUUCAAGGGCUACGACUGCAGUGACAUGAGCUGCCCUAAUGACUGUCACCAGCACGGCCGCUGCGUGAACGGCAUGUGCGUCUGUGAUGACGGCUACAUGGGGGAAGACUGCCGGGAUCGCCGAUGUCCCCGGGACUGCAGCAACCGGGGCCGCUGCGUGGACGGGCAGUGCGUGUGUGAGGACGGCUUUGCUGGUCCCGACUGCUCAGAACUGUCCUGUCCGAAUGACUGCCACGGCCGGGGCCGCUGCGUGAAUGGGCAGUGCGUGUGCAACGAAGGCUUCAUGGGCAAAGACUGCAAGGAGCAGAGGUGUCCCAGUGACUGUCAUGGCCAGGGGCGCUGCGAGGAUGGCCAGUGCAUCUGCCACGAGGGCUUCACGGGCCUGGACUGUGGGCAGCGCUCCUGCCCCAACGACUGCAGCGACCGGGGGCAGUGCGUCUCGGGCCGCUGCAUCUGCAGCGAGGGCCACACCGGGGAAGACUGCUCGCAGGUGUCACCUCCCAAAGACCUCGUCGUGACAGAAGUGACAGAAGAGACCGUCAACCUGGCCUGGGACAAUGAGAUGCGGGUCACAGAGUACCUGGUUAUAUACACGCCUACCCACGCAGACGGCUUGGAAAUGCAGUUCCGCGUGCCCGGGGACCAGACGUCCACCACCAUCCGGGAGCUGGAGCCGGGUGUGGAGUACUUUAUCCGGGUGUUUGCCAUCUUAGAGAACAAGAAGAGCAUUCCCGUCAGUGCCAGGGUGGCCACGUACUUACCUGCACCCGGAGGCCUAAAAUUCAAGUCCAUCAAGGAGACAUCUGUGGAAGUGGAGUGGGAUCCUCUGGACAUUGCUUUUGAAACGUGGGAGAUUAUUUUCCGGAAUAUGAAUAAGGAAGAUGAGGGAGAGAUCACCAAAAGCCUCAGGAGACCAGAGACCUCUUACCGGCAAACCGGUCUAGCUCCGGGGCAAGAGUACGAGAUAUCUCUGCACAUCGUGAAAAACAAUACUCGGGGCCCUGGCCUGAAGAGGGUGACCACCACCC